AUGAAUAACCCCGAGAGUAUCUCUCCAGUCGGAAACCCUUUCAAGGCAGUGGCUCUAGUCGAUGUUAACGAUCCACUGUCACCACAGUUCUCUUUACAGACCGAAGGAGUCGGCAGUACCAAAGGUACAAAGUCAGUUCGUGGCUUUCUUAAGCAGAAAGGAUCGAAACUUCUUUCAUUAUUCAAGACAAACAAAAGCGGAGGUAGCAUAACCUCCCAGGAUAUACCAAAAAAGAUUUGCCAGCCAAGUAGAGAAGACGAGGGUACGAACGGAAAUUCGCCUUCCAGUCCUGAGAGAAAUCACCAAGGCAAUAAUCAGUCCUCAGAUUUGAGUACUCUGCAACAGAAGAGGGAGAGGAAGGCCGAUCGAAGUCGACACCCUGCUAAAAAGGAGGCCGGUGCUAACGACGCCCUCACGGAGCAGACAACACCUAGGACCGCCAAAAACCUAGUAUCCCGUCAGCAGCGUCUUCAUUCUGGGAUAGGUUUAACGAAGAGAAUUUCAGAUAAAUUUUCAAUGUCAUUCGGGCCCCCAACUGUAGUUCGCCGUACAAAUCUACGCCUGCGGCCAGCUAUAGGUAGCUUUUCGAUUGGUGCACAGCCGUCCACACCAUCCCCACUUCAGAAGCUGGGUGACAACGCUCAGGAUGACUCGGACUCCUCUGCUUCCCACCUCAGUGGGAGUGGGACUUCUCACAAAAGCCAAUCCACCAAUCCUACCUCGGAAGGCAGCCCUGUCUCUCAGCCAAAAAGGAUAUCAGCAAGUUUGGCUAGCAAAGAAAAGGGUGCUCAAGCGGCAAAUAGUGCAUCGUCGGAGGCCCCACAAUCCUCAUUUGGAGACACCCAGCCGCCCCUUAUUAAGCCGUCCAUUGCUACCGUCGAAGCAGCUGCCGCUGCAAAAAUUUUCCUUGAGACAUACUUUGACUCUUUAUUUUCCAAAGAGCCUCCCAGGCUACGCCGUCAACGUGAACUGGAACAAGUUAUAUACUCGUUGCCCCUUUCAGAGGAGGAGCGACAGGAAGCCCGGUAUGCUUGGUACUGUCAGGAAUCCAAUCACCUUCGAAGAGAUCGAGUUAUAAAAACACAUUCGAACCGAAGAGAUGGUAGAAAGAGCCCCUUGGUGUCAGAAUAUGAAGUAAUCAAGGUAUUGGGAAGAGGCAGCUUUGGAGUUGUCCGCUUAGUUAAAGAAAAGAAUACUAGCAUUGAGCCUGAACGGCCAACCCCGAAGGCACCACGACCAUUUCGUCGAAAGGACCCAGGAAGGCCUAAAAAGAAUGUUUUCGCGAUGAAAGUUAUACGGAAGUCAGAAAUGCUCCUAAAUUGUCAAGAAGGCCACCUGCGAGCAGAAAGGGACUUCUUAGUCGCUUCCAAUAAAUCCCGCUGGAUUGUACCGCUCAUUUCGAGCUUCCAGGAUAAACACAAUCUCUACCUAGUAAUGGAUUACAUGGUUGGUGGUGAUUUUCUGUCUUUACUCAUGAGAAAGCAUAUUUUAUCUGAGGAAAUUUCCAAAUGGUACGUUGCUGAAAUGAUUCUCUGCAUUGAGGAAGCCCACCGACUUCGUUGGAUCCACCGAGACGUAAAACCAGACAAUUUUCUGAUCUCAGCGUCUGGCCACCUGAAGAUUUCUGACUUUGGGCUCGCGUUUGAUGGACAUUGGUCUCACAACGAGUCAUACUUCAAUAAUCAUCGACAGUCAUUGCUCAAGAAAUUGGGCAUCAAGAUUGAAGGAGACAGUGAGGAUAAGAAGAAUGGGGUCAGAGAAGUCAAAAAGGCAUAUAAGAUUUCAAACUCCCCUGACGGGAAAAACGCCGAAUUAGCGGAUAGGGGGGAUCGAAAGCAACCUUGUCCACGUGAAGAUAUUCUUCGAUGGAGAAACCGCCGAGAGCGAAGGAGGUUGGCGGUCAGUAUGGUGGGCACUAGUCAGUAUAUGGCCCCCGAAGUUGUAAAUGGGGAACCGUAUGAUGGUAGAUGCGACUGGUGGAGCGUUGGCAUAAUUCUGUUUGAGUGUCUAUUUGGUUAUACGCCGUUCGCAGCCGAUUGCAGAGAAAAUACCAAGCAUAGGAUCACGCACCAUGAGGAAUAUUUGUCAUUUCCCGAAGAACGACCCUCCGACCGAUUGGUUUCCGAUGAUGCCAUUAAUCUAAUUGAACAAAUACUUCAAGAAAAAGAUAGACGGCUGUCUUCUCAGAAGUAUUUGUUGAAUGAUUAUAAGUCCUCUGAUAGGGUGAACAAGAAUUAUCAAGGCUAUUACGUAUACCCAGAUGAUGCUACUGACAUCAAAGACCAUGCUUUCUUUAAGAAUAUCGAAUGGGAGGCUAUACAGUACUCGCGACCUCCAUUCGUACCCAAGGUGCGGAACUGGGAAGAUACCAAGUAUUUCAAUCUUACAGUUGCGGACAGAAAUGAUGGCACAACGGAAGAGAUCCUUCCAGACGAUGUCGAAGUUGGCAAUGAUAAUGCAGCACCCAACACAAAGCAAAAUCAACAAAGCCCCAAUGCCGUAGAGAACACAUCUAAUGUCAAGAAAGCUGCGAAGAAAAAGGGCAAACGCAAAGCCCGUGAUAAGAUUCUGCGAGACGAAAAUAUGGGGAGGAUUGCAUUGAAUAUUCGAAAACGGGAGGCGUUUUUGGGAUACUCAUAUCAACGUCCAAGAGAUGUCCUUAGCGUUUUUGACCAGUGA